UUUCAUCAACAUUGCAUCAUAAAUAGGUAGUGAAUUUAGAAGAUGGAGGAGCCUAAACAAACGCUGUACAUUCGAGGUCUUCCUGAUAAAGUAUCCGCAAACGAGGUGCGGCGAUUGCUGUACCUUCACUGUACCCAGUACGGCCCUGUGCAAGAGGUUUUAUAUAAAAAAACUAGACACUUAUACGGCCAAGCGUUCGUAGUAUUUACAGACGUGGCUACGGCGACCACCGCACGCCGUUCACUACAUGACCGUUUGUUUUAUAGUCGAAAGAUUCAGGUCUUUUAUUCUCAUAAGCAAUCAUUCUCUGUGGAUCCAGAAGAACGGCGAAAACGAGAUGUUCUGAAAGAAAAACGCGUCAUGCAGCGCUUGAAUGAAGCUCGAAGAUCGCCUAGAUAGGAGAUGAUCGGCUGUUUGUUGAAGAAAAUAUCUUGGAAUAAACACAUUAAUCUUUACACCUUCUUCUUCAAGAUUUA